AUGGGCACGAAUGUGAGGAUUCUUUGUGUUUGUGUUGUGCUUUUCAUGGCAAUUGAAUCAAUGGGGUUUCCUAGAGCUACACCAAUGGGUCAACUUUUAGAGAUAAAGAAUGUCUUCAAGAAAAAGCGAUCCCGCUCUCGCCACAUUCACUACACAUCCAAGCUUCCUGUUUCACAACCUUCUUGGCCAGAAGGUACCAGUUUCGCAAAUACAAUCAUCGAUCUUGGUGAGCUGCAUGUGAUGCAAGCAUCAACAUUCAGCAAAGUUUGGGGCACCUACGAAGGUGGACCGGACAAUCAAGGCGCCUCAGUGUAUGAACCAACAGGAUUGAGGUAUGGAUACUCUAUGUUAGGCAGUUACAGCCAACCCAACAGCAAGCCUCUUUUUGGUUAUGUUCUUGUAGCAAAGGAUAUUUCAGGAAAGACUAAUGGCACUUUAAAGCCACCUGUUGAUUACUCACUAGUAUUGAACACUGCAUCCAUCACGGUUACUCAAGACUCUUCUUUGUAUAUCUGGCUACCAAUAGCACCUAAUGGCUACCAUGCUGUAGGCCAUGUUGUCACCAAAACACAAGAUAAACCUUCCACCAACAAAGUCAUGUGUGUCAGAUCAGACCUCACAGAGCAAUGUGAAUCGUCUACAUUGAUUUGGGGAUCAAACGGCUUAAAUUUCUACGAUGUUAGACCAAUUAAUAGAGGAAUUAAAGCUCUCGGUGUUCGAGUUGGCACAUUCGUUGCUCAAAAUGGUGGGAAUAUUAACCCGCCAUCAAUUUCAUGUUUGAAGAAUAUUGAUUCUAUUACACAAAUCAUGCCUAGUAAAAAACAAAUUGAUGCACUACUCCAAGUUAAUGCUCCAUUCUUAUACUUACAUUCCGAUGAAGAAUACUUACCUUCCUCGGUUAAUUGGUUUUUCUCCAAUGGAGCAUUACUAUACAAGAAAGGUCGAGAAUCAAAUCCUGUUCCAAUAGCACAAAAUGGUAAUAACCUUCCUCAGGAUCCUAACACUGAUGGUUCCUGUUGGCUUGACCUACCAGUUGAUAAUGCAAACAAAGAGAGAGUCAAGAAAGGUAAUCUACAAAGUGCAGAAUCAUAUGUACAUGUGAAACCAAUGUAUGGAGGAACAUUCACUGAUAUUGCCAUGUGGGUUUUUUAUCCUUUCAAUGGAGCUGGAAGAGCUAAAGUAGAGUUUAUAGAUAUUAAAUUGGGAAAAGCAGGUGAACAUGUUGGUGAUUGGGAGCAUGUGACAUUAAGGGUAAGUAACUUCGAUGGUCAAUUAUGGCAUGUAUACUUCUCUCAACACAAUGCUGGUAAAUGGAUUGAUUCAUCUCAACUUGAGUUCCAAAGUGAUGCUAGUAGUUUUGAUUUUCCAACAAAAAGACCUAUUGUUUAUGCUUCUUUGCAUGGUCAUGCAUCAUAUCCACAUGCUGGCCUUAAUCUACUAGGGAAAAAUGGAGUAGGUGCAAGAGAUGAUACUAAUAAAGGUAGAAAUGUUAUGGAUAUGGGAAAAUAUGUAUUGGUUUGUGCAGAAUAUUUAGGGUCUGAAGUUAAAGAGCCAGCAUGGUUGAAUUAUUUUAGGGAGUGGGGUCCACAUAUUGACUUUGAUCUAGAUAUUGAAUUGAAGAAUGUGGCUAAGGCGUUGCCUGGGAAGUUAAGAGAUGGUUUUGAAAAUAUUAUUAGGAGUUUACCAAAAGAAGCCUUGGGAGAGGAAGGACCAACAGGUCCAAAGGAAAAGGGUAAUUGGAAUGGUGAUGAAAUUUGA